AUGCCAAAAGACUCACCGACCAAGCUAAUCGGGUGCCUUCUCGAUGUCUCGGGCUCCAUGCGCAACGCCCUGGACUCGGAGGAGGGAGAUGGCCGCGCCACAGAGCGCUUCCGUGCCGUCCUUGAUACCGCACUCCGACUAGCUCGGACUGAGUAUCGACAUGAUCCACACACCAGCAUGUUCAUCGGGGUGUUCGGCUUGAACUGUACUGAGAACGGCGGUCCGCAUUCAGUUGAUCUUUGCGCUGUCGUCGAUGAGCUGCUCUCGAAUUACGACGACGGCGACGAUCGGAGCGGACACGACCGGCUCAUUGCGCUUGCCAACCAGGAGAAUCGCGCCCAUGUAGCACAGUACAUCCGUACAAAACUCACUGAUCAUCAAGCGCGGAUCCUCCACGUGCACUUGCAGCGACAGCCGGAGCGGAUCAGGGAGUUUGUCGAUGCAAUACCGUCUGAAGAGCAGUUCAAGAAAACUCGCAGUUGGUUCCAAGCGGGCGGAAGUCUCGGUGGUGCCGGUGCUGGAGUUGCAACAGCCUUAUUGCUAAGCCCAUUUGGCGGGCUUGCAGGUGCUGGUUUAGCUGCUGGGACUCUUGUGGGUGGUCUAGCUGGAGACCAUGUUGCAAACCAGGCUGAGGACUAUGCGGUUGAUAAUUCGGAUGCUUUGCGCCUUGCACGCCGUAUUUGCAAUGAAUGGCUUCUCGGGUUUACUGACGUCGUGCCACGUCCAGUAGCUCAAGUUGUGCGCCUGCUCGAACAAUUGCAACAGCCCCCGGUGGAUGGCACCAGGACAGACACCGGCUCCAUCCUUGACACGCUACGUCCAUAUUUGUAUGGAAGGACACCAAUGAAAGACGCCUUGCGCCGGGCAAAGGCAGUAUUUCAAAAGCACACCAGCGCCAAACAGCGAAUUCUUCUCUUGAUGUCCGAUGGCCUUUCGACCGAUGGAGACCCCGUGCCUGUUGCGCACGACCUGAAAGAGAGCAAGGUGACGAUAGCAACCAUAUAUCUCACCGAUGACCCUGGUGUUGAAACCCAUCGUCUCUAUGAUAGACCUAUUGAGGAUUGGAGCAGAGGCCAACGCAACCUGUUCGAAAUGGCUACGAGGGUCGCUGUUGACACGCACCCCAUUCCAGUCCUUGCUUCGAUGCGGUGGACAACGCCCCUCUCUGGCGAGUGCGCGCUUUACGUCCAGGUGUGCAGCGCAACGGUGCUUAACCAAUUCUGCGAGCUUCUGCUAUCCGCGCGCUUUGGCUCGGCAGAUGCGCUCUUGGAUGUGGUAGGCCGCGUACGCCUUGAUAAAUACAUCAAGGAAGCACACGGGGGCGUGCGCAGGCAGCCAUCCAAUCAAGGUGAAGAGGGUUCCUGCUAUGCGCAUGCUAUCGCGGCGGCCCUCCACAUGGCGCUCCAGCGUAUCCGCGGCCGUGAGCACGGCUACCCGAAAAUCGAAGACAUAAGGAAAGACAUUCUAACCGAAUUUCCGUGGGAGCCUUGGACAGAACACCAAGACGGUGCUGACUGCGAUGCUUGCCGGUGA